GGUAAAGAUAGAGAGAGAGAGAGUGUGAGAGAGAGAGAGAGGAUAUGUUUGCUGCGGAAGAGAGGAAGCGGGGAGGAGUGGUGCUGUACCCGUCACCGGGGAUGGGCCACCUGGUGUCCAUGAUGGAGCUCGGAAAGCUCUUCGUUCUCCACGGAAUGGCCGUCGCCGUCGUCACCGUCGACCCACCUUACAACACCGGCUCCACCGCGGCCUUCAUUUCCCGAGCCUCCGCCGCCAACCCCUCCAUUACCUUCCACCGCCUUCCCCCCGUCGCCCUCCCCCCCAACCCCUCCCCCAACCACGAGGCCCUCGCCUUCGACCUCCUCCGCCUCUCCAACGCAAAUCUCCUCAACUUCCUCCGCGAAACCGCCCCCAGAGCCAUCGUCGUCGACUUGUUCUGCAGCUUCGCCCUCGACGUUGCCGCUGAGCUCUGCAUCCCCUGCUACGCCUUCUUUACCUCCGGCGCUAGCGUCCUCGCCACUUUCUUCUACAUCCCGACGUUGCACUCCACCACAGUCAAGAGCUUCAGGGAGCUCGGCAGCGCCCCGCUGCUGGUCCCCGGGAUCCCGCCAUUGCCCGCUGACCACAUGCCGCUCCCAAUGCUGGACCGCGAGGACGAGGCCUACAAGGGGUUCCUCCACGUCUGCUCCCGCUUUCCGGACGCCCACGGCAUCAUCGUCAACACGUUCGACGCGCUCGAGCCGCGGGCGCUCGAAGCCAUCGCCGCUGGCCGCUGCGUCACGGACGGACGGGCGACUCCUCCCAUCUACUCCAUCGGACCUCUGAUCACGUCGGACGGGAGGGAGAAGGCCAACAGGGCGGAGUGCUUCGAGUGGCUCGACGCUCAGCCCCGAGACAGCGUGGUCUUCCUUUGCUUCGGUAGCCUGGGCUUGUUCACAGCCGCGCAGCUGAAGGAGAUCGCCGCGGGGCUCGAGCGAAGCAGGCAGAGGUUCCUGUGGGUGGUGCGGAGCCCGCCGAGUAACGACCCGGCGAAGCGUUACGAGCGGCCGCCGGAGCCGGACCUGGACGCGCUACUGCCGGAAGGUUUCCUGGAGCGGACAAGGGAGAGGGGUCUGGUGGUGAAGUCAUGGGCUCCGCAGGUUGAGGUGCUGAGCCACGAUUCGGUGGGGGGGUUCGUGACCCACUGCGGGUGGAACUCGGUGCUGGAGGCGAUCGUCGCCGAGGUGCCGAUGGUGGGGUGGCCACUGUACGCAGAGCAGAAGAUGAACAAGGUGUUCCUGACGGAGGAGAUGCGACUGGCGGUGGCGAUGGACGGAUAUGAGGGGGAACUGGUGUCAGCAGAGGAGGUGGAGGCCAAGGUUCGCUGGCUGAUGGAGUCGGUGGCUUGCCGGAACCUGAGGGAAAGGAUGGCGACGAUGAAGGAGAGAGCGGUGGAGGCGCUCAGAGAAGGGGGCUCGUCGCAUUCGGCGCUGGCGAAGCUGGUGGGGCAGUUGAAAGGCGAGGUGCGUGGCCGCUGAGUCAAGGUGGACUAGUCGUUGACUGCGGUCCUCAUCAAAUACUUGCCGAUGAGUCUUUGACGGUGACGAUGGUUCCGUCCGACCAUCGCGAAUAAUAAUAAGCUAAUACUUAUUGGAUUUUGGGUGGCUGUUGUCGAUGUUCCGUGUUUUCUAUCGUCCAUUUGAUCUGUGUACUAUUUCUGAUGUUGUACUCGUUCAUUUGAUCACCGUUUGAAAAAAUUAAAUACCAUUACUAUUAUUCUCAAUA